UUUUUUUUUUUCACUUUAUACGAUGGCCAAGUCAAAAGCAAAGCAAACACUUCCCCUUCAUAAGAUUAUUAUGGUGGGUUCUGGUGGUGUUGGUAAAUCAGCCUUGACUCUUCAAUAUAUGUAUGGUGAUUUUGUGGAAGAAUACGAUCCAACCAAAGCUGAUUCUUACCGUAAGAAGGUUGUUUUAGAUGGUCAAGAAUGCCAAAUUGAUAUCCUAGAUACAGCUGGUCAAGAAGAAUAUGCAGCAAUUCGUGAUAAUUAUUAUCGAUCUGGCGAAGGGUUUCUCUGCGUAUUCUCUGUCUGUGAACAAGAAUCCUUAGAACACACUCAGGAAUUCCGUGACCAAAUUUUGAGAGUUUUGGACGAUGAAACUAUCCCCUUUAUUUUAGUGGGUAACAAAGUAGAUUUAGCGCAUUUACGUAAAGUGCCUGCAACAGAAGCCAAUGCUUUGGCUAGUGAAUGGCACUGCCCUUAUGUUGAAACAUCUGCAAAGACUAGACAAAACGUAGAAGAAGUCUACACUAUGUUAAUGAGACAAAUCAGAGAUAGAAAAGCUAAGCAACAACAACAAAGUAGUCCAGAUAAAGACUCUUGUUGUAUCAUUCUUUAAACUCUUUCUUUUUUCAUGUAUUACACUCUAAUAAAUAAUUUUACAUUUCUCUUUUUUUCGUACACAUAAAAAAAAAA